AGUGUUGGUGUUGGUGACAAGAUUGGAGAAGGGGACUCUAGCCUCGUGCUUGACGUGCUUCCCCCUGAAUUAUGUGACACAGCAUUCAAACAGAUGAUAGACGAGGUUGAUUGGAAUGUGAUGUAUCAUCGUGGUGGCGAGGUUCCGAGGCGAGUGGCGGUUGAAGGGGAGAUCGCAGAUGAUGGAAGCUUCCCAAUUUACCGACAUCCUGCAGAUGAGUCCCCUCCACUUCGACGAUUUUCCCCAACGGUAGCUACUAUUCGCGAGCAUGUGGAGAAGGUUCUCGAUCAUCCCGUGAACCAUGUUUUGAUUCAACACUACCGUAGUGGUGCGGACUACAUCUCAGAGCACUCUGACAAGACGAUCGAUGUCGUGCGUGGAUCGAAAAUCGUUAAUGUCAGCCUAGGCGCUCAGCGAGUGAUGACGCUUCGCUUGAAACGAGAUGGGGUGCAACAGGCGGGUGAAAGUGCUACCCCUCGACCUUCGCAGAAAAUUCCAUUGCCUCAUAAUUCAAUGUUCGUCCUUGGUCUGGAUACAAAUGCGAAAUGGUUGCACGCAAUUAACCACGACAAACGCCCGAUCCAUUUAAAGUCCGCAGAGGAACAAUUCAUGAAUGGAGAGCGGAUCAGUCUCACGUUCCGUCAUAUUGGCACAUGUCUUUCCAGAGAUGAAUCACGUAUAUUCGGUCAGGGGGCCAGGGGGAAGUCUGUUGACUCGGCUAACGCAGUAAUUAGCGGCGGUGGGGAAGCUGCGAAACUCUUGGAAGGGUUUGGUAAGGAGAACCAGCAGAGUGACUUCGACUGGGAAGAGGUGUAUGGAGAGGGUUCGGACGUCUUGCAUUUCACUUCGAGGGGGCCGCCUCGGUGA